AGGAGGGCAGUCCCUGCUUUUAUUUUUAUUUUCCUGUCGGCCUCUGAGGAGCAGAAAAACAAACUCGGAGCUUCGAGACAAACACGCACGUCUGUUGGUGUGACGCGGGGGAACUGCAGGCGCGCGCCUCAUGUGAUCUCCUUCACUUUAUUUUCUCCCCAUUAUUGUUAAAAAGGGGAAGGGCUGCGCUAAGAACAAUUGAACAACAAGUUCGGCGGAUGCGCACUUUACGCACAGACUGCGCGCGCCGUGAAACUGACAUGUUGGAUCACCUCGAAAGUUUGCGUGAACUCCAGCUCUGUGGCUUCGGUUCCCCUCCUGGUGUCAGCUCUUCUGUGUCAUCAUGAGUCUCGGCUGGAAAUAAAGAGCGUCCCAACUUUUCUAAAGGAAACCAGGAGGAGCAGCAUGGGGGCCAAACAGAGCGCCCCGGCGCUCGACGGCAGGACUCGCGCUUACUCCAGCUCCGACCUCCCCUCUGGAAACUCUGGCGCAGCUGAAAGGAUCGCGGGCUUCAGGUACACAAAUGGACCGGACGGGCCCCGGAUUCGGUACACGGGCGGCGGAGGGCCCACCAGCUCCGGGAUGAGUAUCCCCGCGGGCGGAAGGUCCGAGUCCCACAAUCAGAGCCUCGACGGCACAGACGGUGAUGAGGAGCAGCUGGGGGGCCCUGAGGCACACAGACUCCUCAUAGGGUCCCUGCCCUCUCACCUGUCCCCUCGCCUGCUGGGAGGGUUCCACUGCCCGGUGUGCUCCAAGUACAUGGCGGCGGAUGAGAUCGAGAAGCACCUGCUCCUGUGCUUCAGCAAAACUCGCCUCACUUAUAACAGUAAGGUUGGGGCGUGUGACGGCGUGGCACGACUCUGA